CAGCACUGGGGACGAAUCACGAAUCCACUUGACGAAUCCAUCCGUCUACGGUGAUGUUGGAUUCGAAUCCAACGUUUAUAAUGAUUAAAUAUUUUUAAGAAUCCGACACGAAUCUGAAAAACUAAAUGCUAACGCGUUUCGCAAAAGCAUGAAACCAUCCUUUCUCAAAGCUUCUCAGACCUUUCGAGCUCACGAUGUUAUCCAAAAACCACUUCCUUUAUCUCGGGUAUCAUUUACAGAACUAUGUACAAUCUUCGAGAAAAAAGGAGGAGAGACUAUAAAGAGUUAAAUAAUGGUCUUUGGAAGAAGCAGAACCUGCAAAGCACACCAUCUCUCUCUGAUGUCAGCUCUGCUGAUACACUAGUUAGUGAGAGUUUGCAAUCGCUGUCAAGUCACGAAGAGUUGAUUGAUGAUAAUGAAGCCUUAUUGAGCGAUGACGGUUGCGAACAGACUGAUGAAGAUGAAGGGCUAAUUAGCGAGCAUGAACAAGGACACGUUUCUUCUGAAGUCCCUAAUGAAACGGAUCCUCAACGUGGUCGGUCACAUAUCCAGGCUGAUUCGACUACUGAUCUUGCCGUCAGCGCUCGGCAAACCUACAACAGAGGCUCCAGUGAGGACUCAACCCCCGCGAUAAGUCAAACAUUGCAAAUACCUUCUUCUACAUAUGCCAAUGAGCCCAUUAUUUGUCAAAAUAUGUCUGGUCAGCCUUUACAAAGAGCCAAAACAGCAACUAUCAACCAGACUAUAACGAUUCCUACCCAUGACUGGAUCUACCCUAGUGGGCCUAAGAGAAGCGUUCAUGAUUCUAGCCUUCAGCCCGAGCAUUUCUAUCAUCAUAGUGGGUCUAGUGACUCAGAUGAGCAGCAUACAACCAGGCUUAACGAUGACUCCUUUAGAAGUGUUCUUGAGGAUCAAGGUCCGAAACCAGAAAGGGCUUUCAUAGAAAAAUUCGGAUUUGAUUUUGAAGAGUUUUCCAUAAAUCCCUUUGCUAAACCGUCCAUUAGCGGAAGCACACAGCAGAUCGGUAUUAGCAAUCAGGACAAAAAAAGGUUUGAGACUUGGCUAACCACAUCUCCAUGGCGUAUUUGGGUUACUAAAGUUUAUAGCCAACAUCCAUUCGCAUUGUGCAAAUUUGAUAAAUGCGAGCACCGGUUCACUUUACAUGGCAAUCCUACUUCGUCUAAUAUCAUUAGGCAUCUUAAGCGACAGCAUAAUAACGACUAUGAACUCUUCUUCACAGGCCUGAAGGGUAAACAAAAAACAUUGGAAGCAUUUUCAGCUGUUCGUACCAUCGUUUCGAAGCCCUUCCCCUUUGCGAAGAGAUUUCUCAAGUUCUUGUCCCUUAACAAUUCGAAGCUUCAUUUACUUAACGUCUUUAUUGAAGGUUUUAUACCUUUCAGCUUAGUGGAAAGCCAAGGGUUUCGACUUCUUCUCGAUAACUAUAACAGCGUGGGGCGUUCUUCAAUUUCAUCUAGGAAAGGUUUGGUUAGCCUUCUCGCACAGUAUGAGACCGAAUUUAGUUUACAAUUGAAGCAAACUCUUCGGCAAUCCUCCAACUUUAACCUUUUGAUAGAUAUGUGGACUUCCUCAAACCAAAGGAGUUAUUUGGCUAGUUAUGGUCUGCUUUUGUCCCAACUUGAACGGAAAAUCAAAGUUAAGUAAAGAUGAUGUGAAUACGGGCAAGAGACCUAAUACUCAUAUUCUCGAUUUCAUCGAUUUGAGCAGUCAGAGACACUCGGGUGAUAACAUAAAAACGGCUUUGUUAAGCUGCCUCACAAAGUAUUCCAUCAGUCAUAAAGUGAGCAGCAUUACGUUGGACAAUGGUUCAAAUAACAUCUCAAUGCUUGAAGACUUGGAUAAAGAAAUUCAAAAUGGUUUUGGAUCAAAUGGUGUUGGGAGUAUUGUCAAGGUAAGAUGCAUGAAUCAUGUGUUGAAUCGAGUUUUUCUCGACUUACUGAAGGGCUUUGAAAUGCACCACAAACAAUUACUGUCAAGAAUUGACAAACUAACUUACUUUACAAAGAGUAACGUUUAUAUUAGGAGUAAGAUCCAGACUUACAUUCCGUGCACUAUUCCAAAGCACAAUAAUACAAGGUUCAUCUCGCGUUAUCGUCAGCUAGAUGCUUUUUUGAAGGUUUCAAAAGGUGCCAAAGAGUUUUUUUUCGAGAAUCGCUUCGAUCCUGAAUAUCAGCUUACACAGGAAGACUGCUCUAUAUUUUGUUAUGAUCAAGCAGAAAUAGAAUCCAUUCUGUUUUUGCUGCGGCUCACUCGAAUCUUUUAUGAGUUCACGAUGUUGUUACAAGAUGAUUCCAUGAACUCUUUAUAUCAUGGAAUUGAGUAUUACAUGCAACUCAACCAGUAUUUUGAUUCUUGUGAAAGCAUUAAAAAUGGUUCAAUGGAUAGCGAUCAUUUACAAUCCGCGGGACUGAAGCCAACUCAUUUAGUGCACCCAAAGAAACACAGGAUGAGAUCCUAGGUGCAAUUAUAGCGGCGCGUCCCAAAUUUGAAAAAUACCUGAAGGUCGCCUAUGAAGAACCUGGCUAUUGGGCAGCACAUAUCUUGCAACCGCACUGCAAAUCGCAUUUGUUAACUAAUGUUUUUGAUCAGCCGUUCUCAAACCAUGUUUUAGAAUUGGUUAAUGGGUAUGUCACCCUGUAUAUCAAAAAGUUCAACGAAAAUUCCGAUUAUCAUUCAAAUGAUGAGCAUCUGAUUCCAGCAAGACUCAGACCCGUCGAAGGCAAGAAGUUCAAAAUUAUGAGAAACCUGUCUAAAUUUUGUGAACAGAACCUGGCAACCUGUAGCCGUGCAACAAAGAAUGAAUGGCAGAUUUAUUUGAACGAGCCAUUAGAAACUGAAAAUAGCUAUUUGGAUUACUGGCUCGCGAACCAAAACCGAUUUCCAGCUCUCUGCUCUCUAGCGCUUUCUUUUUUCCACACAAAGAUCUCGACUGCUGACGUUGAAAGGUGCUUUUCUAUAAGUAAGAGGGUUCUGGAGAGUAGGUUUUCACUUGCGAGUCGAGAAUUUAAGACGGACCAUGAUUUUAAGAAACCGGAUGAAAUGCUUCAAUAUCUACUCAGAGAUGUUAGUGGCUAAAGAUAUUGCAUGGGAUGCUUGGACUGAGGAUGAAGAAGCAUUCGAAUCUACCAGUGAUUUAGCCUCAAGUUCCAAAAGACCUUCAAAAAAUAAUUCAAAGCCAAUUUUGAUGGUCUCAUCUAGUGACGAAAGCGAUAAUAACGAGCUAGAAAAAACGAGCGAUCUAUAUAAGAGUGAUUAACAGAAUGUAAGCAGAUUGAUGGUGUUAAAUGGCCUAUAUAAGUACGUGAAAUCUACAGAACGACUAAAUCAUAUACGCUGACCACGAUAAGGAUUUCUAUACCCGUACACAGUGCCCAGAUUCGUAAGUCUUCGCGAAUCCGGACCGUAGUAAGCUACUGGAUUCGCGAAUCACUGGAUUCGUGGCCCAAAAAUGCGGAUUCGCCGGAUUCGUCCCCAGUGCUG